AUGCGGACCGAGAGGCGGCCGCCAGCACCCGCGGACCGGCCCUGGGAGGGCUCUGCCCCGAGCUGGGGCUCCCAGGACACAGUCAGCCCAUCACCCCAGGACUUGCCCCAGAGCCGAGGUUCAGCUGAUUCACUCACGCUUCUCCUUGCCGGCCGCCGGCCCCAGCCCACCAGACAGACCCUGCGGGAGGGGCCGCGCUGCGUCCCUGACCCCUCAGAAGGGGACCGUACGGAGCAGGAAAUGGAGACCGUCAUCUCUUGCUCAGAAGCUGCCGCAGGCAUCACCGGAGCCCAGCCCAGGGCACGGAGCACCAGCGCCAUCAGCCCGUGCGAGAGGGAGCGGACGGGGGUAGAGACAGCUGCAGCGAAGAUGGCGGUCCUGCCGGCCAGAGUGACCACAGGCAGUGAAGGCCCGGCUGGCACCGGCCCCUAG